UUUACCUUACCAAUGUCAACACAACAAUGUUGUAAAUAAAUAAAAACCAAACUGUCUAGAAGUAUUUCAAAAAUCCAGAAAAUCUACAUCUUUUUCUACUUCUAGUUACUUAUUUUAUUUAAAAAACAUAAUAUAUAUUCAUAUUAAACUAUACAAUGUCUCAAAGCCCUUUCCGAAGAUUUUUAGUUCGUUUACGGCGACGGUACAGCCGACCCACCUUGUUUAUAGCCGCAAUAGUUAUUUUGGCCAUGUACAUUUGCUUUCUCCUGUUCUUUGGCGAUGGUGAUGCGGUUUCCCUGUGGCGCCUCGCCGAGUUGAACACAUGUCCGGCCUGCUACGGCACCUCAGUUUGUCCUGAACUUUAUUCCAACUUAAUCCAGCUGGACCCAAAGAACCGCAAAUGGUUCAACGCCAAAAACGUAUUCUACGGAUCAACGAGGUUCAACAGCUCCUUUGUGUUAAAAAAGUUGGCUCAUCAUAGUGAGUUUAAAGAGUUUGACAGAGCUUUGUGUGGACAGUUCAACUUGCAAUCCCCAUGCACGAGUAAGUUGCUAAAUGUAGGUGUGGAAGAAAAGAUCCUUAAGUCUGUUGAGUACAAUGUGGAGUCACCGCCGUCAGAGCCGAGGAAAGGGCUCAUAAUGUGUCCUAAUGCUGACAGCAUUUUUAAUUUCAUUGCACCAGUAUUCUCUAUGAAUGGCAACCAUCAAGCUGAGCUGAUGAAUAUUUACACGAUGCUCAGUCUUAACCCAGAACCUAUUAUUCUAAAGGUAUUAAGAAAAAGCAAAGGCUGGCUGGUGCCAGGCUAUGCAGGUGUCUGCGGCCGCUUGGAGGUGGUGACAUAUGAGGGGAAGCCCCUCAGCGACAUGAUCCAUGUGCAGUGGUAUCGGAAGCUGUAUUAUUCUUUACAAAUACUACAGGCUGGCAUUGACUUCACUUUAAAACAUAAAAGAUACCGUUUCUACCUCAUGGACUGGUCUCUUGACAACAUAGUAGUUGACCAUCGAGAUAUCAUCACUUUUGUUGACUUGGAAGAUGUUAUUGUCCUGGACAAGAAUGUAUCACCAAAGGUUGGCAAGUUGGACUGGACCAAACGUCACAGCCACGAGGACACACCAGGAUUCUCAUUUUCCAUACAAAAUAUCUGCAAAUACCACUUCAGCGAUCACAACCUUUGGGCUGCAUGCUACAUUAUAGCUGGGGAUGACAAUCCACUACUGACACCCAUUCCAAAGCGAGUAAUGCAAUCGACCCCCAAGCUGCAAAAGCUGUUAAAUAAUUGCCUGCAUCAGAAUGAUAGGCUACAUUCAGCAAUAUCCUUGACUAGGCUUAUGUAUGACUUGCUCAAGACAGAAAAAGUUGGCGGAUAUGGUGUCAAUAGCACUACAACUCUCAGGAAUUGGUAAUA